CAGCAUUCUCGACCCCUCCACGAUCCACCACGCACCCCAUCUCCUGGAUGCUGCAGGGACUGGUGCACACUGCGCAACUAACCAGCGGCCGACAGAUGAACAGAAUCUUGGGAGAGGCAGCCCUCCAGCCUUCCAGCCCUCCAGCCCUGCUUCCCCAUCCCCAUCCCCAUCCCCUUCCCCUGUGGCUCCGAAGCCGCAGCAACAGGAUUGAGCAGGAAUCAAGUGUCCCGUGAGCUGCUGUGAACACUGCCAUGCCAUGCCAUGCCAGGUAGCCCGAAAGAGGUGCUGGCUUGCCCACGCCCGAUUGCGUGCUUGAAGUUUUCCAUUUUUAUUACCCCACCGUCGAUCGAACCAUCCCGAAAAUAAAAGGCCAACCCGCUAGCCCGUACAUCCUCGGAUUCACUUAACAGCAAGUCCACGUCCCUUGCACUGCUCUCUCAAUUCCCAAUCCACUCCCAAUCCACUCCUCCAGACACCAGAUAUCCAAGACUUCACAAUGGCCGGCGAAUCCACCAAUUUCGAGACUCUCCAACUUCAUGCGGGUCAAGAGCCAGACCCCACGACCAAUGCUCGUGCGGUCCCCAUCUAUGCCACCACAAGUUUCACCUUCAAUGACUCUGCCCAUGGAGCACGACUGUUCGGCCUCAAGGAGUUUGGCAACAUCUACAGCCGGAUUAUGAACCCCACGGUCGAUGUCUUCGAAAAGCGAAUGGCAGCCUUGGAGGGUGGAGUUGCGGCUGUCGCAGCUAGCUCAGGUCAGGCAGCUCAAUUCAUGGCUAUUGCAGCUCUAGCGCAUGCGGGAGAUAAUAUCGUCUCGACCACGAACCUAUAUGGCGGAACCUAUAACCAACUGAAGGUCUUCCUCCCCCGAUUGGGCAUAGACACCAAGUUUGUGAACGGAGACAAGGCCGAGGAUUUUGCCAAGGCGAUUGAUGAGAAGACGAAGGCUGUCUACAUCGAGAGCAUCGGAAAUCCGAAGUACAAUAUCCCCGACUUUGAGGCCAUUGCAAAGGUUGCUCACGACCACGGUGUUCCCGUUAUUGUCGACAACACUUUCGGAGCUGGUGGGUAUUUCGUUCAGCCAAUCAAGCAUGGAGCAGAUAUCGUGGUACACUCAGCAACCAAGUGGAUUGGAGGACAUGGCACAACCAUUGCUGGCGUGGUCGUAGACUCUGGUAAAUUCGACUGGGGCAAGCACGGCAAGCGCUUCCCCGAGAUGGUCGAACCUUCACCAGGUUAUCAUGGCCUUAAGUUCUGGGAUGCCUUUGGACCAAUCACAUUCGCCAUUCGAGUUCGAGUCGAGAUUCUCCGUGACCUGGGAAGCUCUCUCAAUCCCUUCGGUGCUUUCCAGCUCCUUCAGGGCAUCGAAACGCUGAGCCUGCGCGCUGAGCGACAUGCUUUCAACGCACUGACUCUUGCAAAAUGGCUGGAGAAGAACCCACAUGUUUCUUGGGUCUCAUACCCUGGUCUCGAGAGCCACCCUUCUCACGAACUUGCUAAGAGAUAUCUCAAGCGCGGAUUCGGAGGUGUUCUGAGUUUUGGUGUCAAAGGUGGUGGAGCUGCCGGGUCCCAAGUCGUCGAUGGCUUCAAGCUGAUCUCUAACUUGGCCAAUGUUGGAGAUUCGAAGACUCUUGCCAUUCACCCUUGGUCUACAACCCACGAGCAACUGUCUGAGGAGGAGAGGGUUGCUUCUGGUGUCACGGAGGACUUGAUCCGCAUCAGCGUUGGCACAGAACACAUUGACGACAUCAUCGGCGACUUCGAGCAGUCGUUCACUGCCUCCGCUUCUGUCAAAACCAGCGGUGGCAACGCAGCCAACGCAGACAAGACUAGCGAUGAUAACGAUGCACCCAUGGUCGCCUAAAAACCACAAAUGCCCAUCCUCCUUUCUUUCCACGUUGUUUUCAGCCUUGUUCUGCAUCAUUCCUCUGCGGAGGCCUUCAGUGCUGUGAGGCUUUAGAUUGGCGCAUUUUUGCGAUUUCGCUGGCUAGGAGUUCACCAAAAGCUAUGACAUGGGUAUUUGCUUACGGGCUACGGUUCUUAGCAUAGCGACCUGGACACCUGAAUAGAUCAUGAUUUUCCUCUUUAGGUCCACUCGGAGUGACGAAGUACAAGAACUUAAGGGACAUUAUCUCAACUGAUUCAAUAAGAUUUCGAAGCAAGGAUCAAGCGGCAG